AGCAGUUUGAGCAGAAGAUUCGAAAUUCUCAGACUAAGACUAAUAUGAAACACUUCUUGUUUACGAGCUGAAAUCGUGCAGUUGGGCAAGGAGGAGGGCAGUUAAACCAGAUCUACCAGCUCAGUAGCAACUACCGUCUGUCCUACCAACUCACAAGUGGCAUGUCGGACUUUAAAGAGCAGUUUGAGCAGAAGUUGGACAACUUAUUACAGUCUAAGAAUGACAAUGUGGUCAUUCCUCGGAAAGAGAAACGUGCACAGUGGAUAGCUCAGCUGCUUAAAAUUGAAAAGGAAGGGCCUAAAACCAGCGAUGACUAUAAUAUGAAAAAAAUAUUCGAAAUUCUCAGAGUUGGUGACGAUGACCGACCUAUUCGGAAGCGUAAAGGAUUGGAAAUUGAAUUUAAGUUUAUAGUGUGCUUUGAGGAAAUUCAUCAGGCCAUUUCGGUCGCGCAUUCAGCUGUGGGUCAUGGCGGUGAAAAGAAAACUUUCAAAGAAGGACAAAAAAAGUAGUGGGCUAAUUUGACUAUGCAGUGCUGCCAGAUGUUCAUAAGUUUUUGCAUUGAGUGUCAAGAGAAGAAAAAACGUAGAGUACAUAAAGGUCUGGUGGUGAAGCCUGUUAGAAGCGAGACUAUUUUUUCUCGAUGCCAAAUUGACUUGAUCAAUUUUCAAACAUUACCUGAUGGGGAAUUUAAAUAUAUUCUGACCUUCAUCAACCAUUUCAGCAAGUUUUGUGUGCUGCGGCCCCUUACAUCAAAACGAGCUGAGGAGGUUGCUAACACGCUUCUCCCAAUAUUUUUGACCUUUGGCGCUCCCGUUAUCCUGCACUCGGAUAACGGGAGAGAGUUUGUGAAUGCCGUUAUAUCAGAGUUGUCAACGCUCUGGCCUGAACUUAAGCUCGUCACUGGUCGGCCGCGCCACCCACAAAGCCAAGGUGCAGUUGAAAGAUUGAAUGGAGUCAUUCAAGACAAAUUAAAAAUUUGGAUGCACGAAAACACAGGAGGCCAAGGGGCCUAUGAUUUGGUCCCUGAGGCCUAUCGCCAGAGAUUCCGAACCACUGGCAAGCCCAAUUCUAUGUCUUAUGUUGAGUACGCUCGUCUCAAGGAGGAGCAGUUUGACAACUGGCUGAAAAGUCGUCAAGUUGCUUCUUUCUCUUCUUUGAGGGAACUGAUGGUUCGAGGACCUUUGGAAAUCUUCCAUGAAUUGCUUGAAGCAAAUCAGAGAGGAGAGCGUACGGUGGGAGAAGUUGUUAGUGAACUUAAGUCCAAGUUAGCCGUAGCUUGGAAGUAUGCCAAAGAUAAUUUUGUCUGCUUCCCAAGCUACGAUGAAAACCAAAUUGACCAGAGUCUAAGGUACAAGGGCCCCUGGAAGGUGUUGAGAAAGUUGUCUGAGGUCAAUUAUGAAGUUGAAGCCCCUGGAACUCGACAUAAAUGUAAAAUUUUCCACAUAAAUAGGUUGAAGUCUUACUCUUCUGAUAGACGGGAUCCUUUGGCCAUUGUUUUUGAGCCAGUUAUGAGUGUGGUUGCACCUGUGGAGGAAAACUUGGAAGAUGUUUUGGACCAGGUGCCUUCAGAUGCUCUAGACUCUCCAGGAAGGACGAGGUUCCUCCAGCAUGAUGUGGAUGUUGGGGACCCUUCUCCGGUUAAACAAAGCCCAUAUCGCCUCAGUCCAGAGAAGCGUGCCAUUGUGGAAGAUGAAAUUAAAUACAUGCUGGAGCACAAUCUCAUACAACCAUCAGUAAGCCCAUGGAGUUCUCCUAUAGUCUUGGUGAAGAAGCCUGAUGGUAAAUAUCGUAUGUGUGUUGACUAUAGGAGAGUAAACUCUGUUACUAAAAAUGAUUCCUUUCCUCUUCCCCGUAUUGACGAUUGUCUGGACCUGAUAGGUCCUGCUAGGUUCAUUACAAAAUUGGAUCUGUUAAAGGGGUAUUGGCAGGUUCCCCUAUCUGGCCGUGCCCGUGAAAUUUCAGCAUUUGUGACACCCUCAGGGCUUUACGAGUGCAAAGUAAUGCCCUUUGGGAUGAAGAACGCUGCCUGUACUUUCCAGCGUCUGAUGAACAGGGUGAUUUGUGGCCUGGAAGGUACAGAAAUCUAUAUAGAUGACUUGGUGGUACACAGCAAUGACUGGCGGACCCACCUGGUAAGAUUAAGAAAAGUUUUUGAGGCACUUAGGGCCGCCGGUCUUGUUGUGAAUCUGGGUAAAUGUGACUUUGGGAAAGCUAAAGUUAGUUAUUUGGGUCACGAGAUUGGCUUGGGUAAAGUGGCUCCUAAGCAAGCCAAUCUCGAGGCCAUAGUUGCUUUGAAGAGACCGUGUAAUGUCAGAGAGGUUCGUAAAGUGCUAGAAGUCAGUCCUCCUGCUGAAGUCACAAACGACUUCCAGCUGCCCCAAUACUGCCAUGCUGCUGUUGCCUUUUCAGCCGAGGUUUCCCAGAACCUCUCAGAUCGCCAUCCAAAACCUGUCUGCAGCUGUCACUCACACCAUGACAAAAGUAACCUCGUCACCAUGGCGAUAAAUACUGACGAGCUGAUCCUGAUGAGGGCUAAAGGAGAAGAAGAAGAAGAAGAAGGAAGAAGAAAUAGAGAAGAAGAGGAAGAAGAAAAAGAAGAAGAAAUAGAGAAGAAGAAGAAGAAGAAGAAGAAGAAAAAGAAAUAG